CCCGUCCGUUUUCCCGUAUGGCCCAUUUUGCCCCCGGCUCUAGAGGUAAAGGGCGUCGGGCCUCCUCUGUCUUCCGCGGCCGACCGCUAUCGUCGUCCUCCUCUGUCCUUCCCCUUUUCCCUCGCCGUUGUGCUCCCCAAACCCUAGCUGACGGCGGCGAAUCCAACUCUGGCGCCGGCGGCGAGAAGAACCAAUCCGAAGGCCGUUGCGAUGGACCCUGUAGACCGCAAUGGGUGAUCCGCAGCCGCGCCUUCCGUUGCGCUCUCCGGUGGAGAUGGCGAACGACGACAGCGGGAGAAACUCCUCCUGAGGCAGAGGUAAAUGAUGCAGAUCCAGAGGAGGUUCAGGUUAUCCAUGAUCCAGAAAACCCCAAGAUAGAAGUGGGAGAAAGGUUUCCUGAUAUUGUUGCAUUUAGGAAGGCAGUUAGGCAUUAUGCAGUUCUGACAGGGUUUGAGUUUGACAAGGUCAUCACAGACCAGACUAGGUUCAUUGCCAAGUGUAAAGCUGAAGGAUGUCCUUGGCGCAUACAUGCUUCAAGAAUCUCUCAUGGCAAGACAAUAGAGAUCAAAGUAUUGCCUGCAAAGCACAAUUGUCCAACUACUAAACUGAGAGAAGGGAGAAUGGCAACACAAGGCUGGUGUGCAGAUAGGUUGGAGGAUUGGCUGAAGAGAAAUCCAACUAAAGGUCCAAAGGAUUGUAAGGAAAAAUUAGAGGGGGAUUAUGGUAUCAAGCUCAAGUACUCCAAAGCAUGGUCAGGCAUGAAGGUAGCACUAGAGCAGAUCCAUGGAAAGUAUGAGGAGAGUUUUCAGCUUCUUUUCAACUGGAAAGCUCAGAUUGAGCAGUCAUCACCUGGCAGCAUAGUGCAGAUAGAGUGUGAGAGGGUUCAGAAGAAGCAAAGGUUCAGGAGAAUGUUUGUAGCUCUUAGACCUUGUAUUGAUGGAUUCCUAGAGGGGUGCAGACCAUUUAUAGAUGUUGAUGCAUCCAAUUUGUAUGGCAAGUACAGAGGACAGUUGGCAUCCGCAACUGGUGUAGAUGGCCACAAUUGGUUGUAUCACAUUGCAUAUGCAAUUUUUGAUAAAGAGAAUGAGGACAACUGGGUUUGGUUCAUGGAACAGUUGCACAGAGCCAUUGGCAAUGUUCCAAACCUAGUUAUUUGUACAGAUGCUUGUAAAGGUCUAGAGACAGCAGUUGGAGCUGUAUUCCCUAAUGCUGAAAAUAGGGAAUGCAUGAGGCACCUGUACCAGAAUUUUAUGAAGCAGUACAUAGGUGAUGUCUUCACUGAUCACCUGUAUCCAGCUGCUAGGAACUACACAACUGGAAUGUUCCAGUGGCACAUGAAGAAAAUAUUUGAGUUUGCACCUGACACAAUUGAGUAUCUGGAGACACACCACAAUAGAAUAUGGUAUAGAUGUGGGUUCUCUGAAAACAGCAAGUGUGAUUACUUGACCAAUAAUGUGUCAGAGAGUUUCAAUGCUCAAGUGAAGAAGUUCAAAGGGUUGCUGUUGCAUGAACUAGUAGACAAGCUGAGGGAGCUCAUAAUGGAAAAGAGAUAUUUGAGAAAGAAACUGGCUAGGCAGUGGCCAGAAGGAAUUCUGCCUAAUGUCAUGAAAGAAUUGAAUCUGAUUAGCAACCAGCUUAAGGUCAUAAAAGUUACAGGAGUGGCAAGUUACUGGGAAGCCAUGUAG